UAGUCUUCACCACUCUCUCACUCCCUGUUGCUGUCGCUUCUGCUCCAAAACCCUAAUCCCAAAUCACCAUGGCACAGAAGCAGAAGCGCCCUUCUCCUCUCGAAGAUCCACCCACCGCGUCUUCCUCCUCCGAAUCAGAGGAGGAAGAUGACCAACCUCUCUCUCAAGUAAAACACGCAGCAGCAGAAGAAGAAGAACUUUCCUCAGAAGAAGAAGGUUCCUCUGAGGAGGAGGAGGAGGAUGAAACCACCGCUCCAGCCCCUCCGGCAGCCACAACCUCCCACACCAAACCUCCUCAACCCGAACCCGAAUCCGAUUCCGCCACCCAAUCCGAUUCUGAGUCCGACACCGACUCCGACCAGGCCCCCUCCGCAUCCGCUCCCACUCCUAACCCUAAAGUCAAACCCCUCGCCACCAAGCCCAUGGACCAGACCCAGACCCACAAGCCCAAGGCUCAACCCUCCCCGGCUCCGGCCAAAUCGGCAGCCAAGCGCGCCGCCGAGAGCAAUGCCAACGCCGGAGACUCCAAACGGGCUAAGAAGAAGGCAGUUGACUCGGCCCCCGCCGCCGCCGCUGGUUCCGAUGAGGAGAUGGAGGAGGACGGGAAGAAGUCCGGGAACGACUCCAAGAAGCAGUUUACGAGAUUGUGGUCCGAUGAGGAUGAGAUCGCCAUUCUCAAGGGGCUUGCUGAUUUCAUUUCGAAAACUGGGAAUGACCCGUUGAAGUACCCUGAUGCUUUUUACGAUUUCGUUAUCAGGUCGCUUCAAGCUGAUGCUACCCGCACUCAGGUGAAGGAUAAGGUUCGAAGGCUGAAGAAGAAGUUUCAGACCCUUGCAGGCAAAGGGAAGAAUGGAGAGACCCCCAAAUUCCCCAAAGUCCAUGAUCAGAAAACUUUUGAAUUGGCCAAGAAGGUAUGGGGAAGUGGAGCCAAUGAAGCAGCAGCCGCGGAAGAGAAGCCGAAGGCUAAUGGCAAACCUGCAAAGAGUCCCAAGAAGGAAGCCACUAGUAGCAGCAAGAAUGUGGCUUCUUCUGCAAAGAAAGCGAAAGGCGAAGCUAGACAGGAACCACCACCACCGGAAUCCGACAUGCAAGUGGUGAUUGUGAAGGAAUCUGCUGGAAAGGUGGUGGACACUGAUCUGAAGGCUGAUACAAGUGUGCUUUUGAGUGAAAUGUUUCGUUACGGUGUGACUGGGCUGAAUGAGGAUGUGGUGAAGAAGGGAUUGGAGUUAAUUGGAGCAUCAAAGAGGGCCGAGUUGGAUGGAAGGUGGAAGAAGAUACAGGUUGCGGAGCUGGAGCUGUUUGCUAAGCGUGCUCAACUGAUUGACGAGCAGACUAGGUUGAUUUUGGAGGCGUUCAAGUCAUCAAAGAAUUAGGAUUGUGUGUGGUAUAGCUUUUUAUAUGCUCUGUAAUUUAUUUGUGGCUAUCGGAUAGUCUUUAGAUUGAGCUGUUUAAUUUUUGGCAGUAUGAAAAUGUUCUGGUUGUUUACAUGGUCUUGGUUUAUAUAUGGUGUCUGAGCAUCUUUGGUUGAAUACUUCUUGGGUUGUUUUAACCCUUAUGAUUUUGCAAGUAAUCAUGGAUUUCUAUUAGAUAA